AUGAAAAAUCCGUCCACAUUGUGGUCGGAUAAAACAGCAUUACAAUAGAGGAUAUGACCAUGGGAAUAAACAGUGUGUAGACAGCAGGGUAGGAUUGUAAGGAGGUGUUUUGGCAGUCCACGAGGGCUCAGGAAUAAAUAAAUCACCACCUUUCGGCUCUUCUGGUGCCAUAAAGGAUUCUCUAUAGGUGAAGAGAAGGCAUUCAUAGAGCAUCAUGACAACAGAGAAGAGUUUAGUGGCUGAGGCAGAAAGUCCUCCUCCAGAUCAAAAGCAGGAAGGAGAGGAGGUAGCUAAAACCUGCAGAUCGCAGCCAGAAGACGGAGGUGCUGUAGAACGUCCGGAGCCAGAACAAACUUCAGACUCCCCUUCCACAGCUUCACCAAGCACCCGCAAAAGUAAAGACCGCCAUUCAGAAGGCAAAGGACUUUCACGUCUUUUUUCAGCUUUCCUUAAGCGGCCAAAAUCUCAGGUGUCAGAGGAAGAGAAAGGAGCCCAGUUACCAGUAGAGCAAGGAGGAGAUCAGAACCAGGUUGAUGAAUGUCUGGGGGAGCAACUUGAAGAUGAUGUUUUUCUGAAGGCCCCUAUUGCAGACCCAGAACCUGAACUUCGAACAGACCCAUCGUUAGACCUUCACUCUUUGAGCAGUGCUGAAACCCAGGAUUUGACCUUUCAGCCUGCUCAGGAGGACAGGAAAGACGACCAAGACCCUGAACACGACCCUGAACACGACAACGAGGAGGAAUCAAAGAAAGGAGAGAAACAGCCAAUAAAGGUUGAAGGAGAGCUGAAAGAAACACCGAAGGUCGCCAGAAGAUCUCCAAACAUGCGUUGUAAGGUCACCCUGCUUGAUGACACAUUAUAUGAGUGCGAACUGGAGAAACAUGCAAAGGGACAGGACCUGUUUAAGAAAAUCUGCAGCCACCUGAACAUUCUAGAGGAAGAUUAUUUUGGCCUUGCAGUAUGGGAGUCUCAGACCGGCAAGGUUUGGCUUGAUCCGGUCAAGGACAUCAGAAAACAGGUGCUUGGAGGUCCUUGGAACUUUACUUUCAGUGUAAAAUUUUAUCCACCUGAUCCUGCUCAACUGACAGAAGAUAUCACCAGGUAUUACCUGUGCCUGCAGCUACGCCAGGAUAUCCUUAGUGGGCGUCUGCCAUGCUCUUUUGCCACUCUUGCCCUUCUGGGUUCUUACACAGUCCAGUCAGAGGUUGGAGACUAUGAUGAGGAUCUUCAUGGCACUGACUAUGUCAGUGAGUUUAAACUGAGUCCUAAUCAGACUAAGGAUCUGGAGGAGAAGGUUAUGGAACUUCACAAGUCCUACAGAUCAAUGACACCAGCUCAGGCAGAUCUCGAGUUUUUGGACAGUGCCAAAAAGCUUACCAUGUAUGGCGUAGACAUUCACAAUGCUAAGGACUUGGAGGGGGUUGAUAUCAAGCUGGGAGUCUGCUCUGGUGGUCUCCUGGUCUUUAAAGACAACCUGAGAAUUAAUAGAUUCCCAUGGCCAAAAGUCCUUAAGAUCUCCUACAAGAGAAGCAGCUUCUUUAUCAAGAUACGCCCGGGGGAGCAGGAGCCAUACGAGAGCACAAUAGGAUUUAAGCUGCCUAGUUACAAGGCUGCUAAGAAUCUCUGGAAAGUCUGUGUUGAACAUCACACUUUUUUCAGAUUGACAUCAACUGAGUCCAUCCCUAAGCACAGGUUCUUGUCCUUGGGAUCCAAAUUUCGCUACAGUGGUCGUACACAGGCCCAAACCAGACAUGCCAGUGCCCUUAUUGACCGGCCUGCUCCCCAGUUUGAGCGCACUGCCAGUAAACGAGCAUCCCGAAGUUUGGAUGGAGCAAAUAGAGUGCAUGCCUCAGUUGAUUUCAGAACCCUGGAAGAUGAGGAUAAUGAAGUGUUUGAGUUAAAGGAGCCAAGACAUGUGUUAUCAUCAACCCUGUCUGACACAGUAGAUAUCGUGCUGAAAAAUACUGACCAGGCUGCUCCCAAAGCAGGAAGAAAGAAAACUGGACAUGAACACGUCCCCACAGUAUAUGUGGAGAUUGAGCAGCCAGCUGCCGUUGGAACCCCAGAACGCAGUCCCCGUCCUGUGUCUGCUCCAGUCAUCUCUCAUAACCAAGUGAUUAUACCACCUGCUGCCUCCAGAGAGGUCCCAGCCCGUAGGACAGAAGAAGCUGCAGUUAAGAUAGAAGAUAAGGAGGAAAAUAAACUACAGGAAAAAAUGCAGAAAGUACGGGACACACUAGAGGAAUCAACAUCUCCACCUCCAGAUUCCUCUUCGCCCACUAUCAAUGGAGAUCAAGUGCAGCAACCACCUGAGAAAGAGGAUGAAAUAGUCCGCAUGCGGAAGAAAAGAGCAAAGAAACUAGAGGGUGAAAACAUAUAUAUCAGGCAUAGCAAUUUAAUGUUGGAGGAUCUCGAGAAUGAAAAAGAGGAAAUCAUCCGACAUCAUGCCAGUAUCCGUGAGCUGAAAAAGAGUUUCAUGGAAUCCGUGCCAGCUGCAAGACCAAGCGAAUGGGACAAACGCCUUUCAACCCACUCUCCUUUUCGUACCCUCAGCUUUAAUGGACAGGUCCAGACUGGCACAGAUGGGGUGAAACGAGCUCUGGUGUUGCCCACUGAGAGGAAACCGCAUGUGUCAGAGCCUCCGUUAGUAAAAACACAAACUGUGACAAUUUCCAACAUGCCAGCCACUGAGAAGGGCCAGAUUCCCACAAAGGAAGUGCCCUUAGUUCACACUGAGACCAAAACUAUAACAUACGAGGCUGCCAGGACUGAUGAUAUUAACAAUGACCAAGAACCUGGCAUUCUUCUCACUGCCCAUACAAUCACCUCUGAGACAACCAGUAGCACCACCACCACACAAAUCACCAAGACUGUGAAAGGUGGAAUCUCUGAAACACGAAUAGAGAAGAGGAUAGUAAUUACAGGCGACGGUGAUCUUGAUCAUGACCAGGUUCUUGUUCAAGCCAUCAAGGAAGCAAAGGAGCAACACCCAGACAUGUCUGUCACUAAGGUUGUUGUUCAUCAAGAGACAGAGAUUGCAGAGGAGCAAUAAGCAGAGGUCCAUUUCAAGCCUCCAAUGGGACCAUAAAAAAAGCAAAUUUCACAGAAAACCAGCAAGUUUCCUAAAAAUGCCCAAAUCCCCAAGAGAUGUCUUCAAUGACCAUGGAUGGAUAAUUUUCUUAUCCUUUUAUUUUAUAUUGUUUUUUUAAGGCAUCUGGUCACUCAGGCAUGGAAGAGGUUACAGAUACAACGUUACAGUAACAAAUAUAUGAUGCAACUUUCAUAAAGGGAGCAGGCUCACAUAUAAUAUAUGGGUGGGUUAAUUUAUUUGGUAAGAUAAAGUCUCUGCUUCACACUGCCCUCCCACUUAAGGUGCAUUUUUGUAUACUGUGAGUAAUGAAUGUGUUUCACUUCCGUGACACUGGAUUUUAAGCCUAAACGCUAUUCAAUAUCUCAUUGUUAUUUUUGUUUUAUAAGAACUGAAUAAUAGUUUAUGAGCACUGGAACACUGUCUAAUCUUGUGAAGGGUAUUGGCGAUACUGUGAAAAACGCUGUGGUGCUCUAGUUGCUAUGGAAUAUUUUGUAAUGUCCGCAAGCCAGGUCUUACAAUGUAAUGACAUAUGUGCCCUUUUGUUGAGCUAUGAAUGCAGACAGUGGAUUUCCACUACACACCAUUGCUUUGGUAUUACCUUGCAAAGAUAGGGGAUAUAUUGAAUCUGUGACUAACUCUGUUCUAUCUGCUAAACAUUACAAUGAGUGGCAUAGCUCAGUUGUUACUUUCAGUUAGUGAAGCCACACAGUGUUAGACACAGAUUGAGUCUCUUCUAGCUCCUUUCUGUACAUGUCGCUGUGUCACCUUGCAGUAGGGAUAGGCUCUGUUCCAUUAUUCCAUUUUGUCUUAUUGUGGGAAGAGGGUGUCUAGGGCAAAGGU